AUGCUGGGGCGUCAUUUUAAAGAUUUUUUGCCUCAUGUGCAGAGGAUGAGCAGAGACGCUGAAGUGAGAUACCUCAACGAAGUGAGGAAGUGUAUUCGUGAUGCCUUCAGAUAUGUUUGCGAGGACGAUACUUUGGGAAAGUCACUAGAUCAAAAGGACUCAAAAAUCUGCUGUAAUUGCAAGAACCCGUUGCCAUGCCGAUGCAUAUUGACUGUAUCCUUAAUCAAACAACAAAAUACUAAGAUUUCAAGUGAUAAAAAAUUUUGCGACCAACAUACAAGUUUUACUGACAUUUUACAUCAGAAAGUAUCUUGUUGUCGAUUUUGUAAAAAAGAAAAAGAAAAUGAAGAAAAGUUACUGAAACAAGUUUUGGAAUGGCUUCAAGAAAUACCAGUCAAUGCUAAUUAUUCUUCUUAUGACAAAAACAAAAGGCAGGAGAUAGUGAGGAAAUUGGUUGAUGCAUUACUCAAAUAUACGGACAUGAAAGAUAAACAGAAAGAAGAAAUUAAAAAAUACUUAGACAUACUGCCAAUGUGGCAACCAAUUGAUCAAUAUGAUCGAGAUUUAUUUAAAAAUAGACUAACUGAACGUCUCCUGUCGCGAUUAUGUAUAUUGUCAGACAAAGACAAUUAUUUGAAAGAAAUAGUUUCUAACUGGAUCGAUGAACUAUUAGUAAAUCAGAAGUCUGUCGAUAAACCAUUUGUAAAUAAAGAACAUAUAAUAAAUAAAUUUUUAACCCAAAUUCAAUCCCUAACAUCAAAUGAAUUAACAGAUGAACUAUAUUAUAAAGAAAAAAUAAAAUCGAUCGUAACUAAUUUAAUCAAAAAUACUCCCAUUGAAAAUUUAAAUCACGAUGUAAGUUUUAUCAACAAGGCUGCCGACAAAUUAGUAAACGAUAUAACUUCGAUACAACCUGUUAAAGUUUCAACUACAAGAGCAGAAAAAAGUGACAUACAAUGUAGGACGGAUAAGAACGGAAAUCAAGUAAGUGAGGAGAUUGACAACGAAAACCAAGAAACUUCAAAUAUCAUUAUGAAUUUAAAUAAGAGUGAAGAAUCAGAUAGAAAUGAUAAUAUUGAAAGUAAUAAUGUGCAAUAUAAAAUUAAAGAUGAUGUUAAAAAAAUUAUUAUUACUAUAAAGUUAGAAGCUUUGCCUGAAGAAAAGAUGAUUGAAGAAGCAAAUAUGGAAAAAUCAGUCUCGCAGAUAGUAAAACAAUUUCAAAACCAUAAUUCAACGUCAGAUCUAAACUCAAAACCUCAGGAAAACUUUAUGGAAAAGCCGAAUCUUCAAGAAUUUAUCAAGAACGAAGAAUCACUAGUUGAAAAUGUGUCGCCUGGGGAAAAAGAUGAUAAUAAGAGAGAAGAAUUAAAGAAUAAAAUAACAAAUACUAUUUCCACAAAAAAUUAUGGAGAUGAACUUAGCCUGAAUGAUAUUGGAACAAAUCAAAUACGAAGAGAUUCAAGUUUUAGUAAAAAUAUGUCCUUCAGUGAACUUUCAAUACUCUUGAAAAAGGAUAUUCAAAGCUUUGUAAAAGAACAAGUAUCUAAUAUACUUCAUGAAUAUUCUGUAGAUCGUAAAAACAGAAAUAAGAUUGAAGAUAAAUUUACUAAUAUACUGACUAACCAAAUAAUGCGAGGUGACAAUGAGAGUGAUUUUAAAGAAACAGUAUACAGUAUGCUUCAAGAAAUAAAUCUACCGGACAGUAAACUUGAAGUACUCUAUGAAACUCUUUUAAAACAUGCGAUAGAAAUGUCGUUGACGUUUCAAACUAAAACGUCAUCUUUUUUACGGAAUGAUGCUACUGAUGUUUCUGAGGAUAGAAGGAAAGGUGACAUUUUAAUAAAUAUAGAAAGGGAAAUAACUGCCUUCAUUAGUGAAAUUACUGGCAAUUUAAGACUAGAACCAGAUUUAAAGUAUACAGCAAUUAUAAAAUACCUGGCUGCAGGAAUUGAAAAAGUAUUAUCUAACUAUAAACAUUCAAUAAAAGACAAAACUGAUAUGGUUAACAAAUUAAUUUUUAAUUUUCUUAAAAACCAAGGUCUGCCAACAGACGCACGGAGUGAGAAAUUGGCAAAAAAAUUAUUAAAAAUUUCAUUGCAUGCUUCAACUCCAAAGAACGCAAAUGAAAACUACUUCCCUAGUGUAAGUAGGGAAUCAACCGUAUCUUCGAUCAGAAUCGGUGAUAAAUAUUCUGAUAUAUUAGAGAAUGAGUCUCUUAUCCGAAUUUAUGAAAGUGCAGAAAAUACUUUAUUCGUUAACGAACUUGAGAAUAUUAUCAGAAGUUGGAUUAGAAACACCAAACUAAAUACUAUUUUUUCAGAGGCAAUGAUUUACAAAAUAAUCAGAGACAUUACACGGAGAAUGACAUAUUUGCAACUCAAUUCAGAAAUUCGGACUUCUUAUGAUAAGGAACAUAAAUUUUUUAAAUUAUUAUUCUCAAAGUGGAUGGAUAAUUAUGACAGUUUUCCGAAUGUUGAUUUUUACGUUGAUUCGUUAAUAGAUAAAAUACUUGGUCUUUACAUGCCAAAGGUUACAAAUGAUUUAAAAUUAAAAAAUGAUCCAAUAACUGUAACCUCUACGGAAGACCUAAAAUGGAUUCAAAAGCUACCACCAGACCAUCUUGUUUCUCAUAACAACAACCAUCGUAAAUUAAUUGCAAGAGAAAUGACAAAAAGCAUGCGAACAGCAAUGGACCAAAAUUCAAAUCCUGAAUUAGUUCUAGAGAACGAAAUUCAAAAUUGGUUACCUAAAAUUGUUAAAGUUUCUAAUGAAAGUCACUUUCACGGCUUGACUGAAAAUCUUGACGAUUAUAUAGAAAAAGAUGUAAUAGAAAAAUUAAAUUUACCUAAAUAUAAUAAUAAUCAAUCUAUGAAAAACAUAAAAGGUGCAAUUAUGAAGUGGUUAAAAAAUUCGCCUAUUUAUCAAAGAAAGAAUACCUAG